AUGCCCACCUUCAUCGAACGCAUCCAGUCCAAGCUGGAGCUCUUCCGCCUCGAAAAGCGCUACACCCGCAGCCGCAACCGGCGCUCGACCUUCGUCUCCAACGCCAUCUACGUCGACGGCGAGUACGUCUACCAGACGCCCGCCUCCACUGGCUCGUCCUUCAACACAUCGACGUCGUCCGCCAGCCGGCAAUCCCGUGCCUCCCGGACGCCUUCGUCGGCAUCACCAAACAAGCUGCGCAACCGUCUGUCGAUGCCCUCUUUUGGCUCCUUGUCCAAGGGAUCGAGCCGCACACAAGACUGGCAGACACAGUACCCGGCCAUUGACGAGAGCCGUUAA